UCCAAGUUAUUUUUGCUGGCUGGCAUAUCAUUCGGUUGCCAAGCUGCCAAGUUGCCAAGCCGUUCAAGUUGUCUCCGACAUUGCCAAUGUCCUGGAGAGACUCCAGGAAAUGAGCCAGAGAAAGAGAGUGAGAGGGUUCAAUGGUGAACAACGUGUGUCCUAGCCCGAUCAUCUGAAAUUGGGGUGCCUCCUCCCUGGACUGGUUCUCGAUCGCCUAGCUACCCUAGCUAAGGUCCGCCCCUCGAGAUCUGGAGAACUGUGACGGGGGAAGUGCAUUUACGUCGUUCGUUGAGAGUUGAGAGGAAGAGGGAGGAAAACGGAACGAGGGCACAACGAAAAGGAGGAAGGGGAGGAAAUUGAGGAUCGAUAUCCAAGCCGGCAACAACACUGACACUCUCUGUGGAUCCAGGGAGUGAAAGAGACGUACGCCAGCGGACUAGUCAUUGGAGAACCGGCGGGGUGAGAUCUCGGGGUAGAAAGCUCGGGACUGGCAGGAUUCUGGAGUUACGGAGAAAGAGAUAGCCAAGUCAGACGGCUUUUUCAUCCCCCAACGCGCCCAGACACCCGCCAUCCCGAGAGUGCACAACAGGGCAUGCUGAUAUUGCCCAUCCAUGAACGUUGUUGGGUAGAUUCUGAUCGUGUCCGCUGGAAGACAAGGAAGGCUUCUUUAAGUGAUCUAAAGAGAAACAACGGGAGAAGAGAACAUCCACACACACAGAGGGAUGAGUGACCUUUUUAUGUCUUGAUGUGUGAAGAAGGCACUCACUCGCUCACUUUGUAGUGCAACAGCGAACUUUGAAUCCUGCCAUCGCGUUUGUCUUCGACACAGACGUCGUCGUACCAUUUGUCACCGUGAUAGUGAUCGAAAAGCCAAAGGUUCGGUACAUUCCAUGUGACUUUUAACUCGUAUCUAGAUCAAGUGCUGGCGGCAUCAUCAUCAUCGUCUUCUGCUUCUUUGCCAUCACAGGCUGUUGGUUUGAUGAAAGAAAUGAAGAAGAACGAACUUCUCGAGAGACUGAUCAUUUCUCGCUGACGAACUCCUUCGAGCUCUGGAGCAAUAUCCACUCCACCCCCAACGCCAUUUCGGUCAUGAUGAUCUUCAGUAACAUCAUGAUUAGAUCCGAGUGAUGUAUCAUCUGCUGUGGAUGAGGCUCCUUCAAUUUACCAAGUCCUUGUCGACUUGAUAGAUCUAUCGAUCGACGACCAAGAGAGACAUUCGCGUCGGGUUGCAAAAAUGGCCGAAAUUAAGUAAAUGAUUCACACCCAGUCACGAAGAAGUUGCGAACGAAUCCCUGAAGAGAGCUCAGAACCGUGAUCUCUGAAGUAGAACAAUCCUCAUCUCCAUGGUUCGACAUCACGGAGUCUGAACACUACCAAAGGUUUGGCUGUCGUCCUCUCUGGCGUGGUUCUCACCAUGAUGGUUGGCCAUGGAAUUCCACCGAAAAAUGAGUCUCGGAAUACCUUGAUCGUCUGAAUUGAGUCCAAGUGUUUUUCUCUCUGGACCCACAAUACGAUCGCUCGUAUCAUCAUCUUAUUCCUACUUGUGGUCGUUUCUGAGCUCAGGUGUACCGGGUAAAUUUCAAGGUAUCCUCCCAAACUAAGCAUACAUAGGCUACAUACAGUAAUAUCAGGGUAACGCUAGUGCACCAAAUCCGCCCUCGCCCUGCCCAAGUCCAUCUACACACUCACUCAUUCACCAUACCGAGCAGUCCGUCUGUGCGUCCUGUUGUCUGAAGUGGUGUAUGUACGUACUAGUUGUCACGGAGUGGACUUUACUACCGACAAGGUUCUCUGAGGCGAUGGACAACACUGAUUCAAUGUUCGGGCAGGCCAGGAAGACGUGGCUCCGAGGUGAACAACACGCUGAAAGGACCCUUCAUGCCAUCCGGCAACAAAAACGAACGACCUAGAGUUGGUUGGCGUUCAAGUGACUUGGCCCACCUAUUUGGUGGCAAGUGUGUGUGUGUGUGUGUUUGAUUGAGAACUUUUUAUCUGAUUGAAAUAAUGUGUUACAAUUGAGAAACAGACCCUCAUCCUUGGCUCUUGGAAAGGAAACAAACGUAUGGGCGUCAUUUCAAUCUUCUCAGCACUCCUUGUUGCCUUUCAAAGUCUCAAUCCUAUUUAGUGCUUGCGGAUAAAUAUUCCCGUCCUACAACUGUCUCCUAAAUGAUUCAAAGUGGGGUCAUGUUCGGUUGAAAGCUCCCUAUCUUUUAUUAAAAGUUUUGCAUCAUUGACUUUUUUCAGAGGCUAAUUAAUGGCUUCAUUCUCAGUGAUCAUUUGUGGUGUGUUUGUCAGAGGUGUUUACUCUGCCCACGACUCUCUAUUAAGUUCAUCCCAGCCAUCAGCUUCCAGAUAAUGACAAUGUUUUAGUGCCUCAGCGACUGUAAUCAUCUCGCGUUUGUGUGCAGAAAAGUGAAAACGGAUCAUGCUCGCUCUCCGUGAGAGCCGGAGCCAGACUUUUAUCGGCAUCUAGCUUACACCCUUAUCAUUUGAAAAAGGCUGAAAUGAGCUAAUCAGAGUGGUCUCAUCUAAGCGCAAAAUGAGUAAUAGUGUGUUCUCUGACUUUUGUCAGGCGUGGGUGGCCCGGUUCCCUGGGAGUGAGCUGCCCGCAGCUUGGGAAGAAGAUGUCCGAGCUAACCUCAAAAAGCACAAGUCAAAGGUGGCCUUGCUCAGAGAAGAGCUGGAAAAGGAGGAGAUGUACGUCGAGUAUUUGGACAAGUUGCUGUGUGAUAUCGAGAAGCAGCGGAAGUCUUCGACAAGCUCAAGCGAGUUGGGAAUAACCGGCGAGAAUAAUCUCUUGUCGAAGGAUGAACAGCUGCAGAAUGACGAAAAUAAGCGCAGGUCAUCAGAGUUGAAUCGGAGUCAGUUGCAUUUGGAUCUCGAUGACCAAGAUCAAGAGAGUCAAGCAACCACACCCAACUCCGGAUCAGCAACUCCCUUAUCCGGCACUCCAGGUGGAGCCACGGGGAGCACUUUUGUGACCGUCAUUAACGUGGCUGGGCCUAAGAAAGGUCCCGUUGCAAAGGGUUUGACGAAAGGCCCCCCAUCAGUUCCAUCCACUAAUGGAACCUAUAACAAGACCAGAAGUGACUCGUCAUUAUUGACACCUGUUCCUCCACCCAAGCCUCCGAAGCGGUUUUCUGGAAGUCGAGAUUCAUUGAACAGUGUUUCUAGUCCUACAACCCCACCUUCGCCCUAUUCAACUGAUGAUUAUUAUCCCCAUCGAGAGGGCUUAGGAGUCAAUAUUUCGCCCAAUACAUCCAACAAGAUAUCCUCAUCAGAAGAGGAGGAGGAGGAUUCGCGUGGUCGUCCAGAUGGAACAGAGCAUCACGAAGUAAAGAACACUCCAUUUCAAGCCUCCGAGGGGAUAUCAGAGUCCAAUGAGAGUGGCCCAUCCGCCAAUGUGAAAAAGAUUAAAGAUUUGAUGGCCAACUGGGAAAACAAGCCCCUUAUGGGAUCAAAACCUGCCCAACUUUCUCGAUCCUCGUUGCCCGAGAGGGUCGAUUCGCUCGAAUCUAGGCCACGUCGAAAAGACUCAGAUAGUAGCAGUCGGGGGCGAAUGGGAAGUCCCAGUGGAAAAAGUCAUGACUCUAGUGAUAGUGAAUCCAACUGGUCGUCCAGGAACGCUAAUGCUAAUGCAGGGGUGGAUGGCGAGAGCCCCCGACGCCGACGAGGCUCAUCGGGAGAUACCAGACUGGAUCGUUUGGUACGAAGACCCUCGGGUGGAUCAUCGUCUGCUAAGGUUUUACCAUCAGCUGCCUCAGUGGCUGCCAAUCUUAAACGACCGGUUAAGAAACCUCGUGCCAAACCUCGAACCCUCCGAGAAGUGGGACCUAAAGACGAACCGAAUCAAAAAGAGGAGCCUCUCUAUGACACUGUGGCUAACGACGAGCCCGAGGAUGAGUACGACAAUCAUCUUCUGUAUGGGACUAAUUCCACGAUCAAAUCUGAUACUAUCGGUUCCUCUGGUGGAGGUAGCAGCUCGACCGAUCUUGGCUUCGAUGAGCCACACAUGUUACCUGUUCUGAAGUCGGCUCAAUCUGGACUCUCGCUAACGGGGAGUGGGACUCUCUCAUCAUCUGAUACAGAUGUCCUCUGUGGAAGCCCAAGACUGAUACGGAGUGUGAGCGUCGAGGAAGAGGACCCAAACUAUGUUAACAUCCAUUUCUUCCUCCGUAAAGGCCAAGAAACUUCCAACAGUUUGCUCGGUGCCCGCGGGCCCAUGGACACGAUCAUGAGCGAUGACGAGCUUCUUGACCUCGAAAGCAACGAUAGCAAAGGAUCGUCAGAUAAUCUUGAUGGUUCAAGUGAGACCGAAGCUCAACGUCUCGUUAUGUAUCGCUGCAUUUUGAGUAGCAUCAUCGACAGUGAAGCUAUCUACUUGGAAGGCCUCAGUGUUAUGCUCCAGUACAUGAAGGCCAUGAAAGUGACCCUAACCACGCCUCAGCCGGUGAUUCCAAAACCCGAAUUUGAGAGAAUUUUCUUUAAGAUCCCCGAACUGCACGAUCUUCAUUUAACGUUUCACGAGAAAUUGAAGAAACAGUUUGAGCGUUGGAACGCUGAUGAUUGCAUUGGACACACCUUCAAAAUGUUGGCCAGUCGAAUCAAGAUUUAUUCCACUUUCCUCAGUAACUAUCAGAGUGCUCUGGAUGCCCUUCACCGGUGCAGUGAGGCGUACCCACAAUUUGCCGAUCUCACCAAAUCUAUCAAAUUGAGAACAGUUAAGGGUCAAAGACAGGGCCAGUCAUUGUCUCUUGAGGAUCUGCUUCAUAAGCCGGUGGCUCGAGUGCAGAAGCAUUGUCUGUGUCUUCAAGACUUAAUCAAAUAUACACCAAAGACGCAUCCGGAUUAUAAGACCCUCAACGAGGCCUUGACGCUCGUGCAAAGCUUCGUGAAUGAUUACAACUCGAGACAUGCGGAAGAACUGUUUCCUCAUCAAGAGCGUCCGCAACGGCAUUUGGUCAAGAACUCGUUCAUCGUGGAAUUGUGGGAGGGUCAACGCAAGUUGCGACACCUCUUCCUUUUCAACGAUGUUUUGGUAUGUGCCAAAUAUAAGGCCUCAAGCAAAAAGACUGAGAACUUCACCUUCCAACUCAAGUGGUACAUUCCCCUAUCAAACGCUGUAAUUGUGAAUGAUCCCUCUGCUGAGCCGAAGGAAUCCAACCCCGCCAAUAUUGUGGUUCUCAAGACCCAAACCACUGCCCUUCGAGAUCAGAUCUACCGAUUGGAAAAAGAAGAUGAGUGGAAAGGCAGAAAGAGUAACCACGGUUCCCUGGGCUCGUCCAAGAGCACUGUGAAGUAUCGCAAAAAGCUCAACGAACUCGAGGCCCAAUUAGUCUUGGCCUCGCCCUGCCUCGUUUUUCAGGUGGCCCAGAAACCCAGCGGGAAGACGUUCACGUUCUUCUUGUCAUCUGAUUUUGAACGAUCCCAAUGGGUGGAGACGCUUCAGGUUCUUCAAACUUCCAUGAACUCGAAUUCCAAACAAAGCCGGCCCAAGAUGACCAUGGAUGAUCUCCAGUCCUGGAUCACCAGUUGCCGGAAGUUCCUCAAGACCAACAUGGGAUCGUUCCUUAUGCGAUCCCCGCGUGAUGAAGCUCUGCUAGUGGGAGAUCUUCAUUUGAAUCUCCAUCAUUUACAAGGCCUAACUCGCCCAGCUGAUCUGUACGUGGUCAUUGAAGUCGAUUCCUACGGACACUACUUCAGAAAGUCCAAGUCAAGAACCAUCAUCAACUCCAUGGAGCCCACCUGGGAGGAGGAAUUUGUCGUGGAACUGGAUGGAUCAGAAAACCUACGCAUUUUGGUCUACGAGCAACAGACCGCUGAGGGCGUAACGAACAACACGUUAUUGGCACGUGCCGAGCUCGAACUGAGCCGAUCUUGGCUCGGGAAUCAAAUGGCAGAGCAAAGGAUUUCUAUGAACGAUCUCUUGCUUACGUGCUCCAUGAAGUUUGUCACUUUCGAGGAGACCAUUCGCCGAGUGCCAUCAGCCAAAUUUACCGGCUUAUUCGGGACAUCAAUCCAAACGUCAACCAAACGCGAGAAACGUGCCGUCCCCUUCAUCAUAACCAGCUGUGUCCGGGAAGUCGAGAGGCGGGGUAUCAGCGAAGUGGGAGUGUAUCGUGUGUCCGGGUCGGCGGCCGACGUCAUGCGUCUCAAGAAGGCCUAUGAAACAAACCCGUACGAAGCCGAGCAACUUUUGAAGGAAUGUGAUAUCCACUCAGUGGCGGGCGCUUUGAAACUUUUCCUCCGCGAUCUUCCCGAAUCCCUCUUUACCACUCCCAUUUAUCAGGAAAUGCUCGAGUCUAGCCGCGAGCCGGAUCCCGAAAUCCGGAAGAACAAUUAUUUGAGACUCUUCUCCCACAUCCCGCACAAUCCCAACCAGGCGUGCAUUGUUUUUCUCAUCGAGCAUAUGGUGCGAGUCAGUCAGUACGAGCAGCAAAACAAGAUGUCAUUGCACAAUCUGGCCACGGUUUUCGGACCCACGAUGCUUCAUGCUGGGGUGGAGCGUGAUCGGAAAGGCCCCGGCAAAGAUAGCCAAUUAGCAACGGGGACCGUUGAUGUUAUGGCUCAAGCCGGGAUCUUAUUGUUCUUCUUGGGAAGGAGAGCCAAAGGAGAGCCCAUUCAAAUUCAGGAGCGCCAGGUGUAAUCGGGGUAGUUUCACGCUUUGUUGCACACACUAAUGUUGCGUUGAUUCUUCUGUAUGUAAUCUAAUGCGGGCAAAUUUGUGCGAAGAAUUAAUGAGCAUUCCCGCUGACAUCUUUCUUCAGUCACCACCGGUCAUGAUCAUCAUCAUCAUCAUCGUCAUUAUUCGAGUCCAGAAAAUGCGUGAAAGACAUUGUUAGGGGAGUCACCGUAAUCACGCCAAGUACAGUGCGAACCCACCGGGACGUUUAAGUCAACGACAAUCGUGUAAGACAUGACUGCUAAGCAAUGUUUCCGUUUUUCAUCCCUUUUGUAUCUGCCACUUUCUACUUUGAUGUCGUCAUGUUCCCAUUUCCCGUGAGAGGAAAUCAAGAGAGAAUAUACGUAUAAAUGUGUAAUUCAA